AUGAUUAGCCUCCGGCACCGCCACUUCUCCACUGCGCUGCGUGUGCCCAGAGCCUGUACGGCCUCACGCGUCCAGUGUGGCUCACGGGCGUUGUCUGCUGCAUCUGUUCGUGCCGUUUCCAGCACCAAUGACGUCCACCCGAUGGCGCACGUCCCCGUUUUGCUUCAGGAGACCCUCGCAGCCUUAUGUCCAGAGACGAUCGACGCAGUUGGACCGCUUCACUUUGUCGACGGCACUGCAGGAUGUGGCGGCCACGCACGCGCUAUUCUACAGACGUUUCCCGAGGCCAAAGUGCUCUGUGUGGAUCGGGAUCCCGAGGUCCUGACGACCGCUCAAGCCAAUUUAGUCGAUUUCCACUGUCGCGUGAGCUUCUGCACUGGAUCAUACGCUGACUUGACGACGCACUUGAAGCGUGCCACGUUUCCCCGUGAAGUAGACGGCAUUUUGGUUGACUUGGGGGCCAAUAGUUUCCAUUUCGAUGCUGCUCGACGUGGGUUCAGUGUGAUGAAAGACGGACCGCUGGACAUGCGAUUCGAUCAAUCCGAUAGCGAACGCCCGACAGCAGCAGAUGCAGUCAACACGCUGUCUGAAGUACAGCUUACCAAGAUCUUUAGGAGCUAUGGAGAGGAGAAACUGGCCAAGGAGUUUGCAAAGGCGAUCGUGCGUGAACGGGAGGAACGAGGCACAGUGUUUGAGACGACCAGAGAGCUUCGGGAGUGUAUUGAACGCAUUGCAAACAUGUGGAAGUCACCGAAAGUAAAGAAGGGCUCGCACAAGCAGACGGGCAAGCGUGCGAGCAGGAUUGGCAGCACACAUCCAGCUACGCGCUGUUUCCAGGCAUUGCGAAUCCACGUGAAUGACGAGCUCCAUCAUGUUGAAAGGGGCGUGAAGCUUCUUGCAAACCAUCUAGCUCCACAUCGACGACUCGUGACAAUUGCGUUCCAUUCACUCGAAGAUCGGCCGAUCAAGCGAUUCUUCCGUGAGCUGGAUGAGCAAGGCAGAGUCGACGCGGCCGAGAAUGAAGACGAUGUCAAUGAGUGGGAUGAUCGAUGCAGUCACGAAGCAGACGACGGGAAUCGAGACGACGAUAUCAACAUGCUCUGCAACAAGCGCUUUCGCCUGACGCGGCGAAAAGCUACGAAAGCCACUGCGGAAGAGAUCGCGAUCAACUCGCGCUCGCGGGGUGCACGCAUGCGCUGUCUCGAACGCAUUCGGUGA